GGCGAGUGAUUACGCUCCAGUCCAGCUACUGGCUCCUGCUGCUGCUGCUGGAGGAGGAGGAGGAAGAGGAGGAGGAGGAGGAAGAGGAAAAGGAAGAAGAGGAGGAGGCUGUGGGCUUGGAGAGACUGGAGCAGCUCCGGUAUCCUGCACAGGCAGCCAGAACGGCCACAAGUGAUCAGAGCAUCUUCAGCCUUAUAGAUGAACAAGCAGCACGGUGCAGCUUCCAGUCCUGGGUGCCAGACCCAGUGAUUGAAACUCACACAGGAGUCGGAGGAAGAAGCAGAAAGGAGGGCCAUGGGGGUUGGCCUGGGCGUAUGUUGGCUGCUGCCUUUCCUCUUCUUGCUGCUUAUGAUCACAGUGUCCUCCACCCAAAGUCAAGGAUGUCCCCUGCGUUGUGACUGCAUUGCGAAGCUGAAGACUGUGUCCUGUUUUGGUAAACGUCUGUCCUCCUUGCCGGAGGGAAUCCCGCCUGACACCAAAGUUUUGGACCUAAGUGGGAAUAAACUUCGCUGGAUAGAACAGGAUGAUCUGCUUCCAUAUACACGCCUGGAGAAGCUGGAACUCAGUGAUAACAUGAUCAGUGUCCUGGAGCCAAAUGCGUUUUCAAGUCUUCAGAACUUGCAGUCACUUUCACUGAGGGGUAACCAGCUAAAACUGGUUCCCAUGGGAGCUUUCUCGCGUCUCUCCAACCUCACCUCCUUAGAUUUGAGUGGAAAUAAGAUUGUAAUUCUUUUGGACUUCACUUUCCAAGACCUAAAAAGUCUUAAGAACCUGGAGGUUGGUGACAAUGAUCUGGUUUACAUUUCUAACAAGGCUUUUCUGGGAUUAGUAGGACUCAAGGAGCUGACAAUUGAGAGAUGCAACCUGACGUCGGUGUCCAGCCAAUCGUUAUCCUAUCUGCACAACCUGGUGACUCUGCGACUCAGGUAUCUUAGCAUCUCCUCCUUAGACGACCAGAACUUUCGAAAACUUGGAAAUCUUAGAGGUCUGGAGAUUGAUCAUUGGCCCUUUUUGGAAUAUAUCUCCCCUCAUAGCCUUCAAGGCCUUAAUUUGUCUUGGCUGUCCAUUACUCACACCAACAUCACCUCUGUGCCCACCUCUGCCCUUCGUAGUUUGGCUCACCUCACUAGCCUCAACCUCUCCUAUAAUCCAAUCACUGUGUUAGAGUCCUGGGGUCUGCGGGAUCUCAUCAGACUGAAGGAGCUGCAUCUGGUGAACACUAACCUGGCAGUAGUUCAACCUUAUGCACUAGGUGGUCUGAGGCAAAUCCGCCUUCUUAAUCUUUCAACCAACAGCUUAGUGACCUUGGAAGAGGGAGCCUUUCAGUCAGUCAACACUCUUGAGACGCUGCGCUUGGAUAGAAACCCUCUUGCCUGUGACUGCCGCCUCCUCUGGAUCCUUCAGCGUAGGAAGACCCUUAAUUUUGAUGGUGCCUCCCCUGUGUGUAUGACCCCUGUUGAAGUCCAAGGCCGGGCUCUUAGUGCUUUCACCGACUCAGCUCUUUUUGACCACUUUACUUGCCAGAAACCUAAAAUUCGCAACAGGAAACUGCAGCAAAUUUCAGCCCGCGAAGGGCAAGUAGUGUCGUUUAUCUGCAGAGCAGAAGGUGAGCCAACGCCGGUGAUAUUCUGGAUUUCUCCUCAGCGUCGACGCAUAACCACAAAGAGCAGUGGGCGACUGACUGUGUUACCAGAGGGCACUCUAGAAAUACGCUACGCCCAGGUAACUGAUAGUGGAACCUACAUCUGCAUCGCUAGCAAUGCUGGUGGAAAUGACACCUACUUUGCUACGCUCACAGUCAGUGGGCUACCACUGGAUGCAGCACUCAUGGCCAACCGCACCUAUUAUGCUGGGGACCUUAACGACACAAAUCUGAAUGACACCAGGGUGUUCUUGAAGUUCACCCUUGACCUCAAGACCAUUCUAAUAUCUACAGCUAUGGGCUGUAUCAUGUUUCUGGGAGUGGUCUUGUUCUGCUUCAUCCUGCUAUUUGUGUGGAGUCGGGGUAGAGGACAGCACAAAAACAACUUCUCAGUUGAAUAUUCUUUCAGAAAAGUGGACGGACCAGCAGCCAGCGGAGGACAGGGGGGAGCACGAAAGUUCAACAUGAAAAUGAUUUGAUUCUGCAGAACCCCCAGUGGUUUUCACUGCUUCAGAUACAAACUAAGACACAAAUUAACAGAACAAAUUAAAUUUGUGCGAAACAUUAAAACCAAUAAUCCACAGGACAUUUUAUUAGGACGAGGUUUUGUUCAGAAAGAAACUUGUGUAUGCAUGCAAAAUGUCAAACUACAGUAUGAUGCUUUGAUACAUUUCUACUGCUCUUUGUUUUGUUCAUAUAAUUGUGUAUAUAAGUUUAAUUCCAGAGAAGGAAGUUUCAAAACUUUGAACAGACUGUUAAAAGACAAGCAACAUAAGCCCACACCGUCCCACACGUCUUUAACCUUUACGAAGGUCAUGCCAACACACCUCUUUCCUAAAGGAACUGUCAUCCUCGCUUUUGAAGGACCACAUACAGUAUCUGCUCCAUUUGGACUGACUCAAGCACUCCAACCUGAUGAAGACAUAAUUAGAUGGUGGUGCUCAGUAAUUGCCAAGGACUUGCCAAUAUAUAUAUUUAGAUAAUUCCAGCUAUUUGGUGCAUAAUAAGAGCUCAAUACAGUUAAAACGCCUUCGCUUAUGCUGAUUGUGAUUUUACUAAUGGAUUUUUGAAAAUAGAUCAACUUAGUACCAGUUUCUACAUCACUGCCAAUUUGACCACAGAGCACCAGGCACAGCACUGGCCACAUUUAUGUGCACCAGGGUUAAUAGAUUGUAAAAUGCCUAAAAAUUAAUUGAUCUUUAGUUGCAGAAGCAUGACCUCACACAGAGAUCUUAGGAAAAAUCCAAUCUUUUUGUUGAUAUAUAUUUUUUUUUUGCAUUGGAAAACAAAAUGCCUUUAAUCAAAUUAAUAAAAUGUAGACUUUUUUAGGUAAGAAAUUGUGUGUAUGAUCUACAGAUUAUUAGCAUAUAACGUUAUCUUUUCCUAUUGUGUAAAUUUAACAAAGGAGGCCCAUUUUAUUACUCACUGAUACACUGUAUGGACAAGAACUCAUGUUUAUUUUACCAUGAGGAGAAGCCUUAAUUUAAAUAAAUAAUCUCCCUGUUAGAGAUCUGCAGCAAAGAGGGGCAUUUCACCAAGUCUCUAUAACAUACCUUAGAUGGUUGUUUGUGAGUUAUAUUAGCAAAAAUAUUAGCCUGCCAUCACCAACAAAAAUUUAUAGAGUUUGUUGAGCUCUACUGGGACUUUAACAGGAACCAAGGGCUUUGUUAAGAUGAGCCUAAGGUUGAGCUUUUUCAUCACAAAAACACUUCAGGCAGGUUACCAAUUGAAGAGGCAAUAAGUGGUGGAAAAGCACUUUAUACCUACAAAGACUGCAUGGUUUCAUGAACUCUUUGAAAUGCCAUAACAUUUGAAAUAAAAAUAUUUAACAUACUGAUCCAAACCAUGUGGCUGAAUCAACCCAGAAAUGGCUUACCAUAAAAUCUACCUUCUUCAGUGAUUUCUCUCUGUGUGCUCUGACCUUGUGAAAUUUUAUACAUGGAUUAGUGCUGCCCUGCUGGUAAAAUAUGAAUACCUAGUAGUAGUAAAUUAGUAAAAGGAGGAGUCCAAUUUUGGUAUCACCAAGGAUUUUGUUAAAAACAAUGAUUUCCUUAUAUAAGAUUUUCCCUUCCCCACUAAUUUAGUGUUCUCAGAUUAUUAUUUUUUUUUUCAAAUUUUUCUGUGUGAGAAUUAACUGCUGCAAGGAAAGGUAAUUUUAAGGUUAUUUAUUCUUUACCAGGGUUGCCAAGAAACAUGUGCGCUACUGUAAAACCUGUGCAGAAGAGAAAAGCUACUUCUACCUGUAACAUCUGUUCACAGCGAACAUCGGAGUCAACACACUUUUUUAAGGACCCAAGUGAACACGUGUACGAACGAUGACAAAUCAUGAAGACACAUUUUCUAGUUGCAUUUUUCAUUAUUAUUUUUGGUAAAUCUGUACAAGAGUUUUACCCCUUUGGUCUAAAACGGAAAACUUUAAAAGCGAAUGCAUGUACAGACUUUGGUUCAUACUUUAACACUUUGUAUUUCUAAAACAAACAGCCGUCUGUGUUCUUUGAUCACCAAAAUUGUGUAGACAGAAUAUGAUAAGUAAGAUGUAAUAUAUAUUUUGUAUUGCUGAUAUUGAAAUUAAUGUGACUGUUUAUAGUACUGUUGAGUGAUUAAUCUGACUUUCCUGCUCUACUGUUAUUAAACUGCUAAAGUAUCA